UGGAAUGAGGGAGCAGGACGGAUAUUGUGAGCUUCCAGCUAGCUCCGGAACCUCAAACCUGAAGCAGGACGGCUAUUGUGAGCUUGGAGCAGGACAGAUAUAGUAAGCCCAUAAAGUUCUAAACCUGAAAUAGGACGGCUCUGGCGAUUUUAGCUCAAAAUUUCCUGAGCUGGAGCAGGGCGUAAUCAGUAGGCUUCUUUCUCCACCAGAGACCUGGAGAAAACCGGAAUCUCUGGCACAGGAAACUUAGACAUGGAUCAGGACGGAUAGAGUAAACUUCUAACUCAAACCCUAAACCUGAAGCAGGACGGAUCCGGCAACUUUUACCUCCCAAACCCUAGACCUGAAACAGCUUCUAGUUCAACAGCCCUAAAUCUGGAGCAGGACAGAUAUAGUGAGAUUCUAUCUCCACCCUAAACCUGGAGCAGAACGGAUCUAAUGAGCUUCUAGCUCCGAAACCCUAGACCUGGAGCAGGACGGAUACGGUGAGCUACUAUCUCCGAUCUCUAGACCUGAGACCAGAUAUCAUUAUGUGGCCGAAUACGUUUAACAAGAAGUGUGCAACAAUCAGUGGUUGGCAAUGCUUGGGAGAUUUUGCGGCAGUAAAACAACAAUUACAAAAAAUCCGCGCAUCCACGCGCAUCCCCCCGCGCAAAGAUGAGGAGGGGAGGGGGGCGAGCAGGCCCUUGCCCCCACUCCCUGGGCAGAAUAAAUCUGUAAGAUUUAAUAUUCCGGAUGGACUGCUGCCUCCUAGUGGUAGCGAGGGAUCAGAUCAAGGAUAUGAAAGCGAUCAGUCAAGGGAACGAAGACGACAGCUGGAAUCUCAAGGAUUGUACGGGGCACGAGAUGUACACGGGAGACAGGUUCAGUACACUGAUAGAGAGUUGUCAGCUUCAAGUCCAGUUCUUCUACAACUCUACGAUGCUAUUAAGGUUGAAGGCGAAGGAAAUAAUCCUCCUGAAGACAACGUCAAAGCUGCUCUUGCAAGAUUAGCAAGUAACGAGAACCUCAAUAGUUCCUAUGAUCUAGUCCUGGGUCUAGUCCGUAGACCACCUCCACCACACACCUGUAGACACCCUCCACCUUCUCCUCCUCCUCCUCAACCUAGACAUCAAUGUCCUUGUCAUUCACAACAUCAUCAUAGGUGUUCUGGUUCAAGUUCAAGAAAAUCAAGAUCAAGACCUUCAUCUCCAGGUCCAUCAUCUAGUCAAUCAAGAUCCCGUCCCUCUUCACCAUUCAACUCCUCUACUAACAUUAGCAUAAACAAUACUAACAGUAAUACUCUCACAAAGUCAAGAUGGACCUUCGGUAAGAAGGCCAAGCGUUCUGCAUCAGCUGAGCGGAGACCACACGUGGAGUUGGGUUGGGGAUCAGCUGAUCCCAGAAACCGGUUUAUAUCAAGGGAGAGAUACAGUGAGACUGGACGGUACGCGUUGGAACGUGGGCGGGAGAGAGUCCAGGUUGAUCGUUUUGUAGGAGAAGGCAGAGAAAAUUCUUUAGGGAAAUGGGAAGAUACCGGAAGUAAAGGUUGGGAGUUUAAAUGGGAAGGAAGUGUUGAUGUUGAGAGCGCGACCAAUACAGCUUCUCUCGCUGGUGACCUUUGUCGGCGCGCUACUGCGCUCCGGCGCACUCUUUACAAGAUGCCUGGACUCAUCAAUCAGAGAACAGCUUUCCUAGAGAUCAUAAAGGAUGUUGCAAGUGAGAUGAAGCUGCUUCUAGACUCUGCAGCUCGUCUAGCUCCACUGCUCCCGGAACGACAGCGGCAGGAGCUGGAUAUGGCGCGGCGGAAACUUUUGGAAACUUCUAGAUCAUUCUCCACAGCUCUCAAGGGAUACUUUAAAGAACCACAAGCAACCCCAGUCCUUCUGGCGGCAACAGCACUUGUCUACAGAACAGAUGAAAUCAUUCAGUCAUUAGAACCAUAAACAGCUGUAUCCAGUUCCAGGAACCAUAAACAGCUGUAUCCAGUUCCAGGAACCAUAAACAGAUGUAUCCAGUCAUAAGAACCAUAACCAGCUGUAUCCAGUCAUUAAACCAUAAAUAACUGUAUCCAGUCAUUUGACCCAUAGACAACUGGAUCCAGCCAUUAGAACCAUAAACAGCUGUAUCCAGUCAUUAAAACCAUAAACAACUGUAUCCAGCCAUUAGAACCAUAAACAGCUGUAUCCAGCCAUUAGAACCAUAAAUAGAUGUAUCCAGUCAUUAAAACCAUAAACAGCUGUAUUCAGUCAUUAGAACCGUACACAGCUGUAUCUAGUGAUUAGAACCAUGUACAACUGUAUCCAGUCAUGAGAACCAUAAACAGUUGUAUCCAGCCGUUAGAACCAUAAACAUCUGUUUCCAGUCAUUAGAACCAAAAUCAACUGAAUCCAGUCCCUGGAACCAUAAAUGGAUGCAUCCAGUCCCUGGAACAUUACACAGCUGUAUUCAGUCCCUGGAACCAUAAACGGCUGUAUACAGUAUCUGGAACCAUAAUAAACGGCAUCUAGUCCAAGGAAUUAGAAACAGCUGUGAGCAUUGUAUUUAAAAUCUUUAUUUAUCAUAUAUCGUAUAACAUGAGACAAAUUCACACUGUGAUUGACAGUGAUUUUUUAUCAAAUAAUGAGGAAAGUUAAGUGCACUGUGAUCGACAGUUGUAUAAAUUGAAUUUAACAGCUGUGUACAUUGGAAAGUAACAAGAGCAAACAUAAUGUUAACGUUUUUGUUGCUGUUGUAAAACAGCAGCUGUUUUCUGUCGGUAAAACAUCUGCUGUUUUUCUGUCGGUAAAACAGCAUACUCUCUUGUUGGUAAAAAAUAGAGCCUAUGUUCUGUUUUUAAAAAGAACGCUGAAUUGUUAGCAGCUUGUCAAUCUACAGACUGGAGAUAACGAGACAAUUUAGACCAUUUAGACAAUUUAGACAAUUUAGACAAUUUAGACAAUUUAGACAAUUUAGACAAUUUAGACAAUUUCAGAAAUUAUACGAAAACAAAUGUUAUACACAAUAACAUACUGGUUAAUAGACAAUAAAUGUUAAGACAGGAGAGUGUUUUAAUUAUAAUAAGAUAAGUGAAAUUUGAACAAAAAAACAAAUAUUCAGAGGAACAGCGAGAUAGCAAUAACACUAGACAACUGGACAGUUAGACAACUAUACAUUCAGAUAAAUAGACAGACAACUAGACAGAUCGAAACCUACACAACUAGACAAAUAGGUAGUUAGACAACUAGACACUAUAGACACUUAUUUAGCUAAAAAGUUUGACAGACAGACAAAUAUAGACAUGUUGUCUGUAAAUUACCUAAAUCAACAAUAUUAACUAGUCAGUAACUCAUUUAGUCAAAGUUAAACCCUGUUUGUAAAUAUAUAAUUUUAGUUAAUGUUUUUUUGUGAUUAUAUAA